CCGUGCUCCCUCCCUCCUCUCUCGCUCUCCCUCUCCUCUCCUGCUAUAGAGGGCUCCAACAGCAGUUCCCAGCCAGUGUGUUCAGCCUGCCUGCCUGCCUCUGUGUGUGUGUGCGCGCGAGCGUGUGCGUGCGUCUACUUUGUACUGUGAAGAACACAGCCCAUGUGCUCUGCAUGGACGUUACUGAUAGUCUGUUUAGCUUGAUUUUCGACAAGCAGGCAAGAUGUCCAGCACACCACAUGACCCCUUCUAUUCUUCUCCUUUCGGCCCAUUUUAUAGGAGGCAUACACCAUACAUGGUACAGCCAGAGUACCGAGUCUAUGAGAUGAACAAGAGACUGCAGUCUCGUACAGAGGAUAGCGACAACCUCUGGUGGGAUGCAUUUGCCACUGAGUUUUUUGAAGAUGACGCCACAUUAACCCUUUCAUUUUGUUUGGAAGAUGGACCAAAGCGAUACACUAUCGGCAGGACCCUCAUCCCCCGUUACUUUAGCACUGUGUUUGAAGGAGGGGUGACCGACCUGUAUUACAUUCUCAAACACUCGAAAGAAUCAUACCACAACUCGUCCAUCACAGUGGACUGUGACCAGUGUGCCAUGGUCACCCAGCACGGGAAGCCCAUGUUUACCAAGGUAUGUACAGAAGGCAGACUGAUCUUGGAGUUCACCUUUGAUGAUCUCAUGAGAAUAAAAACAUGGCACUUUACCAUUAGACAAUACAGAGAGUUAGUUCCAAGAAGCAUUCUAGCCAUGCAUGCACAAGAUCCUCAGGUCCUGGAUCAGCUGUCCAAAAACAUCACCAGGAUGGGGCUAACGAAUUUCACCCUCAACUACCUCAGGUUGUGUGUAAUACUGGAGCCAAUGCAGGAACUGAUGUCAAGACAUAAAACUUACAACCUCAGUCCACGAGACUGCCUGAAGACCUGUUUGUUUCAGAAGUGGCAGCGGAUGGUGGCACCGCCAGCAGAACCCACAAGGCAACCGACAACUAAACGGAGAAAAAGGAAAAACUCUACCAGCAGCACUUCUAACAGCAGUGCUGGGAACAACGCAAACAGCACCGGCAGCAAGAAGAAGACCCCAGCUGCAAACCUGAGUCUGUCCAGUCAGGUACCUCAGGGGCUAGGAGCCAUCCCGAACUGCAGCCUCAACCCUGGGAGGGAUGGAGACCUGUGUCAUUCAACAGCAGUGACCCCUUCUGGCCAAUUUAAGGAGAAGCAUUGAGGGGCCCUGAAAGGAGUCACUUCCAGUCCUCCUCAGAGAUUGCUAGCAUUGCUCGUUCUCCGGUGUCAGGCUGCACACUAAGGACAUAAACGCGCAUGGUUGUUACACGUCAGGAGGCAGUGCUUAUUUCCUGUAGAAAUCACAUGUGCGUCUCGGCCCCGGUGUACAGUACACGAGUGUGUCUGCCCUAGGCCCCCAGCACCUCCCACUAGUGUUUUAAGCUGAGCUUCUCUCUCCCAAGGUUUCCCUGUAAUAAUGUCAGCUGCUGUCCACAGGAUGUGAUGGUGGUAGGAGAGCCAACUCUGAUGGGAGGUGAGUUUGGGGACGAGGACGAAAGGCUAAUCACUAGAUUAGAAAACACGCAGUAUGAUGCGGCCAACGGCAUGGACGACGAGGAAGACUUCAACAGUUCACC